GAAGUCAGAAACGAAUUGCCAAAGUGUCUCCACAGACGAUUGCCCCAAAGUGAGAGAUCGGAUCAGCCCAAAGCAGCCAACAUGAGCAUACCCAACGAGUACAUAGCGAAAACGGAGGAUGUGGCGGAACAGGUCAUCAAGCGCGGCAAAAAUGUGCUGCCCACGGUGGCCCGUUUGUGCCUCAUCGCCACGUUCUUCGAGGACGGCCUGCGCAUGUACUUCCAAUGGAACGAGCAGCGGGAGUACAUGGACAUGAGCUGGGGCUGCGGCAAGUUCCUGGCCACCGUCUUUGUGCUCGUCAACCUGCUGGGCCAACUGGGCGGCUGCGGCAUGGUGAUGGCCAGAUUUAAGGUCGACAUAGCGGUGGGACUGCUCUUCUUCAUUGUGGUGUUGCAGACCGUGGCAUACUCCAUUCUGUGGGACUUCCAGUUCUUACUGCGAAACUUUGCACUGAUCGGAGCCCUACUGCUCGUCCUGGCGGAAGCCAGGAUAGAGGGGCGCAGCCUGUUCGCCGGCGUGCCAUCGAUGGGCGAGAACAAGCCCAAGAACUUCAUGCAGCUGGCGGGCCGCAUCCUGCUGGCCUUCAUGUUUAUCACUUUGAUCCGCUUUGAGCUGAGCGUAUGGCAAGUUAUCCAGGACAUCAUCGGCUCCAUUCUGAUGGUGCUGGUCGUGCUGGGAUACAAGACGAAGCUGUCCGCCCUGAUUCUGGUGGCUCUGCUUACGGUCCUGAACCUGUACCACAAUGCCUGGUGGACCAUUCCGUCCUACAAGCCACUCAGGGAUUUCUUGAAAUACGACUUUUUCCAGACUCUCUCGGUGAUCGGUGGCCUCCUCAUGAUCGUGUCCUUGGGCCCUGGCGGCGUUUCCAUGGACGAGCACAAGAAGAAGUGGUAGAGGCCAGGCAACGGUCGCUCCUUGCACGAAACACUUUCAACAUUUGACUUUUACCGUGUUUUACUCUUUCCGAGAAAUGUUAGUUAGGAAUUACCAUAAAAUGGGACAACAACAGGAGCAGCAUCAGCAGCACAACACCGGCACGUAUAAGAACUUGACAAUUUUCAAUAAAGGGACUUCCGCAAUACCCCUCCACUGGCUCACUCAUAGGGAUCGCCCCAACCCAACCCCAAAUCCAUUCGCGCACAUUCAACGACAAACUUCGACAUUUUAAACAUUUAGGACAUUUUAUUUUUGUACAUAAAGAACAGGCAAGAAAAAAAUUUUGGUCACUUUCGAGCCAUCCCCAAAUGAGAGACAUAACUGAUUUUUGUAUCUAUGCUUGUCAAUAUCCAUGUUUUUUGCCGAUUUUUUAUAUGAUUUGUACGCUCUUAAAAAUAAGUUGUAACCUUGGUGUUUGCCUUUUGUUGAUUGCUAGAAGUUUGAAAUAUGAAAACGAUGUAUAAAAUAUGAUGUACCAAUUGACAAUGAUUUGUUUCUUUCGUUUAUAAGCAAAAGUGUAAUAGAAUUAAAUUGUAACGUUUUAAUAAACAUAAAGAUGAAAACCGA